AGAAGGCUUAAGCAGCGGUGAAGAGGAUUAAACCCUAAACCCUGAUGUCCUCCUCUCUUCCUGCCAGUUUUAAAGCCCCAGAAAAAUAGAAAAAGCUUAUCUCAACAGUGGCAAUGAUUUUACGUCGCUCCACUGCGAUGCUCCAUUCCUUCAGUUUGUCAACCACCACCCCAAAGCUCCUCUCUCAUUUCACUCCCUCCUUUUUUCUCUCUACUUCCGCACUAUCUCCUCGAAUCCGAAUUUGGCUCAAUCAAUCUUACAGCCGCCGAACCAGGGCCUUCAGUAGCGCCGUUGUUACCGCCUCUUCUCCAAAGAACACUGGGACGGACACCUUCUUUGCUGAAGACACUGUUUCCUGGCAGUCUCUAGGCUUAUCUGAUCGGAUCUCUCAAGCUCUCUCCAGUGCCGGUUUCGACAGGCCCUCCCUCGUUCAGGCUGCCUGCAUGCCAUCUAUUCUCUCCGGAAAAGAUGUAGUAAUUGCAGCAGAAACUGGCAGUGGUAAAACAUAUGGUUAUCUAGUUCCUCUAAUUGAUAAGCUCUAUGGUGCUGGGCAUGAUGCGGACAAUGAUUUGGAGAAAGCUACUGUUUCUUCACGUACCUUCUCCAUUGUUCUUUGCCCAAAUGUAUUGCUCUGUGAACAAGUGGUUCGAAUGGCUAAUGAUCUUUCAGGCGAUGAUGGUAGACCACUUCUCAGAGUUGCAGCGGUGUGUGGUCGACAGGGUUGGCCGGUGAAUGAACCGGAUGUUAUUGUGUCAACACCAGUUGCUCUUUUGAACAGUAUAGACCCCAAAAAACAUCAUCGUUCAGAUUUCAUUCGUGCUGUAAAGUAUGUGGUUUUUGAUGAAGCAGAUAUGCUCCUUUCCGGGGGCUUUGAGAAUCAUGUUAUUCGUCUUAUACACAUGCUCCGUUUUGAUGAAAAGCUAUUGUCUCGGGUGAAUAAAGCUGGAUCUGAGAAUCCUGUAGAACCGAGUUCUGAUUCUGUGUCACACUUUGACUUCGAGGGUGAGGAAGACAUGCAAAAUGAAUCCAUCUCAGAAGCUGAGGAAAUGUCUGAGGGUGAUGUUGAUGCUGAGGACUUGAUGGAAGAAACUCAAACUUCGCCUGUCAAGAGAAAGGACUGGAGGAGAGUGAGAAAAAAUUAUGAACGAAGUAAGCAGUACAUAUUUGUUGCCGCAACCCUUCCAGUUAACGGAAAGAAAACUGCUGGUGCAGUGUUGAAAAAGAUGGUUCCGGAUGCCAACUGGGUUAGUGGAAGCUACCUCCAUCAACACAACCCUAGAUUGAAGGAGAAAUGGAUUGAAGUCACAACUGACAAUCAGGUUGAUGCACUAAUAGAGGCUGUAAAACAAUUUGGCUCAAAAGCAUCGGAUCAUGGUGCUGGUGUUAGCCGAACCAUGGUGUUUGGUAACACUGUUGAGGCUGUUGAAGCAGUGGCUAAUAUACUGCAGAGGGCUGGGAUUGAGUGUUACCGUUACCAUACAGGCCUCUCUCUGGCAGAACGUGCCGAGUCCUUAGAUGAUUUCCGAGCGAAAGGUGGAAUUUUUGUGUGCACGGAUGCUGCUGCUCGUGGUGUUGACAUUCCAAAUGUUUCACAUGUCAUCCAGGCAGACUUUGCCACUUCUGCCGUAGAUUUCUUGCAUCGGGUUGGUCGUACAGCACGGGCUGGUCAAUUUGGAGUUGUUACCAGCCUCUACAAUGAAUCCAACCGAGAUCUUGUUAAUGCAAUCCGUGCAGCUGGGAAGCUGGGUCAGCCUGUGGAAGCAGCAUUUAGCAGGAAAAGAAGUUUCCGGAACAAGCUUAAAAAGAGAGCAGGUUCAAACAAAGCGGGACAGAUAUCAACUGCUGAAUUGAUGGUGUAAGACAUGGUACAGAAAGAACAAUAGUUAGCCACUAAUCUUGUAUCUUUAUCACCCAAGUGAGUUUUUUUUUUUAUGUUACUUAAAGGUAUGGUAUUAAAUAUUUUAGAGAACAAAUGCCCAUUGUGAAAGAGCUCUCCUACUCUCCUUGCUCUCUGCACAAACACAAGCGACCACACACACACAAAGAAAUUGAAAAAUGAAAAAAAAAAAAAAAAAAGGAAAAGAAAAGAAGAGGAGCAGACAGAUACUUUGUUUCCAUCAAGUUCACCUGUCUCGCACUCUUGGACUUAAUUAGGGUUAUAGCUUCUUUAACUUAUUGGAAAGAAUGUGCAAGGCAAAUGCCAUCUGAUGAUAAGUUGGAUGUUCUUUCUGGAAGGAGAUGUGGUCUAUAUGAAAUGGAUAUGGCUGGCCCUUCCUAAUUAGUUCUAUUCCAUAAGUUCCAUAAUUUUGUCCACCAAACAUGUUAAGGGAUCAAUUGCGAGUAUCAUCUGUAUCAUCUCUAUUUUAAUGAAUUUUGUUUCUUUGGGUAUUGCAUUCUUAUCUACCGUAGCUUGCAUUGGAAUGUAUUGAAGCCCCAAUUGUUGUUCCGGCAUGUAACUGCACUGUGCCAAGGUUGUAGGAAGCCUCAUCCUUGGGGGGAUGGCAUGAGGUUUUUUCUUGUUGAUUCAUGUACAUCAAAAUCCGCAUCAGCUAGUCCUUGCAACUCAGUCUGAUGGCUUAUAAACUAAAGGUCUGUUUUAGGCCAGACCGAGUUAUGGAAGCUUCUUUACAUGUUGAAAUUGGAAAAACAGUUUACUUAUAAUGGAGACAGUUCCGUGAUUUCAAAUAGUA